AUGGAGGAUUGGUGUAGGGCUGACAAAUCUGGUGGAAUAUCAAGAUCAACUGCUGCAAUGGAUCUGUUCCAGAUGACAAUGGAGGAUGCAGGUUUGAGUGAUAUGGGAUUUGUAGGCUGCAGGUUCACAUGGUCCAACAAGUUCACAAAAGAAAGAUUGGAUAGGGGCUUCCAAUCAACACAGUGGAGAGAUCAUUACCCUCUAAGUCGAGUGAUUACAUUGCCCCCAUCAGACUCUGAUCAUAAUCCUCUUCUUGUGGAAGUCAAAGCGGAGAGCAGCCCACUGAGGCGAUGCCCUAGAAAGUUUCGUUUUGAAGAAGGCAAUCAACUUCUGCAGUGGCACCAAGUUGAAUUAAAGGAACAGAGAGCUGAACUAAAAGCAGUUCAAGAAAAACUGUUUGAUAUCAUGAAAAAGCCUUUCUCCUCGGACCAGUUUGAAGAACAGCGGCUACUUCAUAUAAAACAAAGUCAAUUGCUUUCCCUCCAAGAAAAAUAUUGGAGGCAGCGUUCGAGGGCUUUAUGGCUUAAAGAAGGCGACAGAAACUCUGUUUACUUUCAUAGAAAAGCUUCUAACAGAACAAGUAAAAACACGAUCAAAGGCCUUAUGAAUGCAGCGGGUGAAUGGCAAACAGAAUCGGCUGCAAUUCAACAUAUGAUUUUGGAGUACUAUGAACAAGUUUUCCGCACUGAGACAGUCAAUGACGAUGCUAUAUCAACAAUUUUUCGAGCCACACCAAUGAAAGUUACUCCAUAUAUGAAUGAUGAGCUCACCUUUCCCUACUCCGAUGAGGAAAUUAAAACUGCUCUCUUUCAAAUGCAUCCAUCAAAAAGUCCGGGACCCGAUGUCAAUGGUGAAGCUACUAAACGAGUGUAUCCUACAAGGGGUAUCAGGCAAGGGGAUCCACUCUCACCCUACCUCUUUAUCCUAUGUGCUGAAGGCUUGUUUGCUCUAAUCUCUCAAGCAAUUCAGUGUGGUACCAUACAAGGACUGAAAAUGUGUCCACAGGCUCCUGUGUUACAUCAUCUCUUCUUUGCAGAUGACAGCCUCCUCUUUGGAAUGGCCACUCUGCAUGAAUGUAGAACUGUCAAGGGCAUCCUUAAUAUUUAUGAACAAGCCUCUAGACAAAAGAAAGAUUUAGCUGCAGUGUUGAAUGUCAAGUGUGUUGAUGAGCAUGACCGCUAUCUUGGGCUACCUUUAAGAGUAGGAAAGUCUAAAAUAGCAAGGUUUAAAUACUUGAAGGAAAAAGUUUCGAAAAAGCUUAUUCAGUGGAAGUCUAAAAUUCUUAGCAGUGCCGGCAAGGAAAUUCUUAUCAAAGCAGUCACCCAAGUUAUGCCCUCAUAUGCCAUGAAUUGUUAUCUUCUGCCGAAGAGCUUGUGUGAUGACAUCCACAGGUUAUGUGCUUCCUUCUUUUGGGGAGACAGAGAGGGCAAGAGAAAAAUUCAUUGGAGGAGUUGGGAAAAGCUUUGCUUAACAAAGCAUGAAGGUGGAAUGGGGUUCAAGAAUAGAAGUAUACUUGAAAGUAGACCUGUGCUCAAAGCUGGUAGUUCUUGGAGAAUUGGCGAUGGUACUCAAGUCAACAUUUGGACUGAUCAGUGGAUACCAAACUGCCCCAAAUACUUGCUUCAGCAACCUGUCAACACUGCCUUUGCAACAGUUGCAGAUCUCAUUGAUCCAUACUCUAGAACCUGGAUCCAUUCAGCAAUUCAUGCUUUGUUUAGUCCUCCUGUGGCUGCAAGCAUAUUAUCCAUUCCACUAAGUCACCAUUAUGUCCCAGAUAGGUGGUGUUGGACUCCUGAAAAACGGGGUAUCUUCACAGUUAAGAGUGCAUACUGGAUAGCUAGGCAGCAGGUCCUAGGCAAUGUUUUAGCAUCAUCUUCGACUGGUGACCCUUUUCAAGUGCUUUGGAAGUGUAUUUGGAAAGCAAAAAUUCCAGGGAAGGUACAAAUAUGUGCGUGGAGAGCUUGCAAUAAUCUUCUACCUACAAGGGAGCAACUCUUGAAGAAAGGGUAUGAUGGAGAUAUGCGAUGUCUUUUGUGCAACCACACGUUGGAAUGCAAUGCUCAUUUAUUCUGCAGAUGUCCAGCUGCUCUUGAAAUACUGUCAGGUACAUCUUUCUUUCUGCCAGCCUCCAGUCUGCCCAAUUUGGAUUUUAGAGAGUGGAUGUUAGGGAAAGCUCUUAACCUCAAAUCUGAGGCUUUUGAAAAGCUUCUUAUGAUCAUCUGGGGUCUAUGGAAAAAUAGAAACAAAAAAUUGUGGGAAGGCAGGGCUCAGUCUUCACAUGACAUCAUGCUUGAAUGCUUCGCCUGGCUAGAAGAAUUUCAGCAGGCUAGGAAACUGCCUGCUCCACGGGUUCAGAAUGCAGCGCCAAAAUGGCAGCCUGCAAACAUCCUCAAGCUCAAUGUGGACGGUGCUUUUAUACCACAAGCUUCACAAGGUGCAAUUGGUGGGGUUUUAAGAAGUUCUAAUGGCAGUUUUGUCGCUGCCUUCAUGCAGCACGUCCAGCAUGUGAAUUCAGCUAAACAAGUUGAACUCCUUGCUAUUCGAGAAGGUCUACACUUCCUGAAGCAACUCGGGGUCCAGCAAGUAGUCAUGGAAUCAGAUUGUUUAUUGGCAGUACAAGACAUUGCUAGUACUGAGGUAGACCUAUCUGAUAUGAGCAACCUUGUUCAUGACAUUCAACAGGAGGUAAAUGACAUGCAGGGUGUCCAAAUCACUUUUGCACCCCGGGUCUGUAAUGCAGUCGCACACCGGCUUGCCAGCUUAGCCUUUGAGGAUGGGCAUCGUAAGUUUCCAGCGAGAAUUGACGGAAAGGAUGCCAGUGGGGAGGACUACGAGGAGGACACAAACAGGUCUGUGAAAGUGGCGUCGCCGAACGGCGAAGAUAUGGCCAGGUCAGGUCGUUCGGGUUCGGUUCAGGAUAGUCGGGGGGAGGAUGACCUUGGUUCCUCUGAUGAUAGCGGUGGUGGCCUGAAAUCGCCUCAGUUAUGGGAGUGGAUUGGAGAUUGGGAUGGUGGUUGUGCAUCAUUUGUUGUACUAGGUUUAUUUUUAGAUCUUGGGGAUGAAUUGAUUGGAUACUCUUGCACAGUGGUGUGUGAUGAUCAAGUUGCAGGCGAUGAUGACUUGAAUAACUAUGCCGACAACUGUGCUGGUGAAGUUGCUUGA